UUAAGAUCGCGAGGAUUUCUCGUUCUGUAUAUAACGGGAGAGCAUAGUAUCUUAAAUUCUUCUAGUUUUCUCUCUUUUUUUUUAUUUGAUUUAUCGAACUGAUCGAACGCGUGCCCUGCGAGAUCUCGAGGACAAAGGGCACGAGGAGCUUUCAAAAUUUAUUUAAACGAUUACAAGAGGUAAAAGAAAAGAAAUCCUCAUUCACGUGAUUCGUUAUUAUCAAGGUUAUUGUGCACCGCGGAAAGUGUAAACUUUACGCGCAAUAAUAAUCUUGUAACGUUAUCGAUCGAGAGGAGUUAAAAUGGCGGCCGGAUCGGUGGUGUCCUCUAGCACGUAUCGAGAUCAGACUCGUGUCUAUGGCUCGCGGGUAACGGCCGGGUUCGCAUACACGAAGGAGAGACAGAAGGGCCCGAGGAAAGCCGAGAGUGAGACGAAAGUGUCACACGUUAGCUCGCUGGCACUAAAUCGAAGCGCGAUAUCGAACGAUUCUCCCCUCGAGUCACGUCCCGAGUGCGAUCUCCGCGAUACUCGAACGUUUUUAUAAAAUUUGCGGUUAGAAUUGCGUUUUUCUCUUUUUAUUUCGAAUGCGCGCGUGUCGCCACCUAUCGCGCAACGUCGAUCCGACAGCAGGGACGACGGCAGGAAGUUACGGUGAAGGCGAUUGGAGCACGCGAGCGUCUCGGUUGAAUCGAACGAUCGCGCCUUGUUCGGCGACGCGCGUCACUUUACCGGGUCCGUGCUCGUCGCGAACGAUCGUCCGGUCGACGCAAUUCUGACAGACGCAUCACGACGUCCGUUCGAUCGCCCUUUUACGUUGUACCUGUCUCCCGUGCGGCCGACAUGGCGGCGCACCGAUGAGCCAAUCACAGCGCCGCUCUCAUCGCCAUUGAACGACGGUUCCGUCCGCCGCUGGCGCAGCUAGAGACCUCUUCUUCUGGCGUAGUUCGCGUCACUCACCGAUCUCGCUAUCGAAUCUUGACGAGUGUUUUUUUCGCUAAUCGAAGUAUACGCGGUGCGUCGAGCGUGAAAGGGUAGAGACGGUGAAUAUCGCGACGCGGGCAUCCGUUCGAGUCGCGCCGCGGCGAUUGUGUUUGGUCACGUGACCGCGCGGAACCGACCGUGGGCCGUGAGAAAUGGCGCAAAGAUCAGAGUGGAUCGGACAUCAUGGAUGGAUCCAGUUCGUUGCCGCGGCGAUGUCACUUGUGUUUGUUUACAAGCGUGCGAGCACGCGCGCCACGUGCUGAGUGAGGAGGCGAGGCGAGACGUGGAGAGGUGAGGAGAGACGAAAAGAUAGGUGAAGGAAGGCAGACGGGGCAGACAGGCGGGCAGGCAGGCCCUAACAGCGAUCCCCCCCUCAUUUAUAUAGGCCCCCUCGUGUUCCGAAACAAGAUUGACAGCGCCGGUGCCGGUAUUAACGACAGCGAUCCAAGGAUCGACGAGGACCACGGCGACGAACAGCAAUAAUGACAGGCAGGGGCUCGAAGAGGCGGGGGCGUCCGCCCAAGUCUGUGGUGAUGGAGCGACCGAAGAAGUUCCAAUAUCACCUGAUGAAGAAGCCCAAAUACUUGCAAAACAGGACGACGACGGGGACGCCCGGUGGUGGCGCCGAGACACCGGGUUCGCAGCCGAGCACGCCGACGGCGUCGCGGCCGACGUCGCCGUCGGUCGAGAGCGAGGAGAACAGUAAGCGCAACACGAGGAAUCAACGUAAGCCACGAGGUCCGCGCGACAGGCACUCUCGCAAGGGCGGCCACUCCGGAUCUGCAGGUGGUUCCUAUCAGCGUCGCGGUUAUAAUCCCAACGUGGAUUAUCACGAUUCCGAGUACCACUACGGUUCGGAUUUCGGUGACGAGUCCAGCGACAAGAGCGAACCCGAGGAAGAUCCACUGCCGAGCGACGUAGAAUCCUCCGAGAGUAUAGAGGAGCCCGAUCCUUCUAGCGACAGUGACUUUUCUUUAUCCAGUUACAGCACUACCAGUGGCACACCCAGAAAGACGCUGCUCAGUCAGCAGCGACCGCCCAGUCCCGAUCCACUGUGGCUGCAGAACAGAGAACUGCCGCCCUUGGUAUUACCAAAGACCUCGGACGAUCUGCUGCUUUCUAAAGAACUGGUCAUGCCGUCGUUGUCCGUCUACGAAGUGCUUAGGCACUUUCGUACCUUGGUGCGUUUGUCCUCCUUUAGAUUUGAGGACUUUUGCGCCGCUCUUGUUUGCGAGGAUCAGACUAACUUGCUGGCAGAGAUUCACAUCAUGCUAAUUAAGGCGUUACUGCGUGAGGAGGACUCACAGCAGACGCAUUUUGGUCCACUGGACCAGAAGGAUUCAGUGAACGUUAGCCUGUAUUUUGUGGAUUCUAUGACAUGGCCAGAAGCGCUACGUUCGUAUGUAGAAAGCGACAAGAGUUUUGAUCAGAAUAUUUUACAGAUAUUAACCACAACUGAAUAUCCUUUUACUGCCAUCGAGAAUAGAAUCAAGGUCCUACAGUUUUUAACAGAUCAAUUUUUAAUCACUAAUCCUGUGAGGGAAGAUUUGUUACAUGAAGGGAGUAUGCAUUACGAUGAUCACUGCAGAGUAUGCCAUCGACUGGGAGAUUUGUUGUGUUGUGAGACUUGUCCUGCUGUGUUUCACUUGGAAUGCGUGGAGCCGCCGUUGGUCGAUGUUCCUGCCGAUGAUUGGCAGUGUAGCACAUGUAAAGCGAACAAAGUGAUGGGUGUUGUGGAUUGUAUUCCCGAUGUCGAGAAGAACGGAUCAUUGUGUAGACAGGAGCAUUUAGGAUUCGACAGACACGGCAGAAAAUAUUGGUUCCUCGCGAGAAGAGUUUUUGUCGAGAGCGAAGACGGCGAGGUGUGGUAUUAUAGUACGCCAUUACAGCUGGAGGAGUUGAUGCUCGUGUUAGAUCAGAACGAAAUGGAAGUGGCGCUUUGUCGCGAGUUGUCAGAUUACAAGGAUGAGAUAGUUCGUCAAAUGGAACUCACGGAAACUAUUACUAAUCAAUUCAAAGGAAACAAGAAAUCGUACCUAGAAAUAGAAAACAGUCUUAUACAAAAGAUACAAAAAGAACGACAAGAAAAACAGGAGAAAGAGGAGGAGGAGAAAAAGGAGAAACAAAGGCAAGAGGCAGAGGAAAUGAUACGCAGGAUGCACGAAGGUACUGACUCUCUCGAGGAGCGUAUGGCAAUUGUGACGGAUCAAAGUGAGGCCAAGGUAUCCAGUGCGGAGUCAGUUACCCAAGUACCUAAAGUGGUCGGCGAAACUGUCGAAGUCGAUGCCGACGCAUCAUCAUCUGCGAAUACGGACAAAAUUACUGCGAAAACUAGCACCUCUACGUCAUCGUCCGAGGAUAUAGAUGAAGAGGUCUUGGAGGGAGAAGAGAAGAUUGGGAAAGACGGCAAGAAGCACACCAUCGUAACGAGAUCAAAAACCGGAUCGUUGCAGCCACGAACCUUUAACAUGGAUGAUUUGAAGAGACGAAGUAUGGCACCGUUGUCGAAGGAGGAACUAGAGAAGCUGGAUAAGAGUUUGAAAGACUCCGAGGGCGACGGUACUAGAUUAACGCGUCAGAAAGCACAUCAAAUCGCGUCCGGCACUCAUUUAUUCAAACUAGGAAUGGACAACAAUUUUAAGUCGUACGUCAAUCAGUACAGCAACAACCCUACCGCGUUGAAUAAAAUGCAGAGGAACGAGGAACGUGACAAGAAACGUCACUUGUCGCACAAAUUCUCGCUCACCCAGGUCUCGGAAUUUAAAUGGGUGGGCAGCCUGACGGGCACUCGUGCCCUCUUGGUCAGCACCUUACGUCAGACAAUCUUGCAGCUUGAGAGCAAUAUUCAGGCGCCGUUCAUGCAUACAAAUUGGCCGUUACUACGUAAACCGUGGACUGCGGCAGUAGGCGCGUGCGUGAAUCCGCGUGACUUUGCACGUACUCUCAUCGUCCUGCAGGCGUGCAUCAAGUCCGUUGUAUUUGCGAGUGUAUGGCAUGAUCAACUUGGUCAUGUGAAACUGCAACGAGUGACCGCACUUGAGCGCGAAGAGAGGAAGCGACAGGACAAGAAGGAGAAAAAAGAGAAGGAAGAUGAGGAGGAGCGUAAUCGGCUCUUUAACUUUGUCAAGUACACUCUUGGCAUGAAACAUCAAGUGUGGAAACAGAAAGGCGAGGAGUACCGGCUGCAUGGCCAGGGCGGCUGGCUGUGGGUAUCAGCCAGUCGUCGUUAUAGAUUUUCGGAGAUGACAAAGUUGGGCCUACGGGCCGGUCCACAGAAAAUCAUGGUGCAAAUCAGAGAUCAAGGCGGUUUAAAGAUUCUCGCGGUUGAUCCGCCUACCUAUGAAUUUCUCAUUAAGGAGUACUGUCCGAGCAAAACGGAGAACGGCAUCACGGUGAAGCAAGAAAUCAAGGAGGAAGAUGUAGGAAAUGAUGCAAUCAAACAGGAGUACAAUCCGGAAGGUGUAAAAAAGGAACCUACGACGAAUGGUAUUGAUUCCUCUUUAGCAAAGUCGGAAUCCCAAUCGAUCAAACAAGAAACGAAGAUGAAUCUAUCAUUUUUAGCUGGCAUGAAAAUCGAAAAGGUUUUUACCCCAAUUACUGAAUUUGAUGAGGUUGACAUCACUAAAGCGCUAACCAGUCCUGGAAGAUUGCUUUAUCCAAAAAUUGCAAAAAAGACGAGGAUCGACGAUUUCUUGGCACGUAGAACACAUUUAAAACUUUUGGAAGAAAGGAGAUUGCUGCAAUCUGAAAAAACGAAAGAAGCAAGCAAGACGGCAAAUCAGAAGAGCGGAGGUGGCGGAGAUUCUUUGGAAGUCGAUAUGGAAAAUCACGAAGAGAGUGAUAUGGAUGGCACUAGCGUUGUUAGCGGUGGUGGAGAUGGUUCUCUCUUACCAUCGUCCGUCGGUAAACAGCAGCAAGCAGGCAAAACAGCAACAGCAGUUGUUUCUGCAUCCACAAAGGAAAUGCUAACGGCAAUCAGCAAGCGUAUCCAGCAGAUACGCGCGCAAUACGCGAACACCAUUAAGCUUUGCAAGAAUGUCGGCUGUUACUCGCGCUACUGCAACAUGAACAAUGGCGGCAAGAAGAAUGCUGUGCAAGUUAAUACCGCUCAAGUCAUCGCCGUGCAUAUCUCUGAUACCUGUUAUUCACCUCUAUGCAUGCAAAGGACGCGUUUGAAGCGCGAGCUAAUCGCACUGGCGCGCAAAGCAAACGCGCUCAACAACAAUCAACAGUCAUCUCCUUCCUCGUCCUCAUCGCAAAUCAUCAGUGUAAAAACAGAAACUCCGGACGAGACGAAGGAUGCGAUCAGACGGGAUUUGGAAUCGGCAGUGGCAUCAGCGACUCACUGCAACGAGGAAUCUGCGACGAAGGAUGCCGUUUCACCUUCAUUACCUUUAAAGAAGAUCAAAAUUGAGAACGACAAAGGGGAGACGACCGUCACGACGAGCAACGUCGUUACAACCACCACGACGAUAACGACGACUCGACAAACAGUAACGAAGAGUUUGGAUGGUGCGAUGCAGGAACAUUCUACCGUGAAUCGUAAUUCCACGAUUGUCUCGUCGGAAGUUACGACCACAACGACGGAUAAAAGUGGUACGAAAACGGUGAUGAUUGUGAACCGUAGAGGAAGGACAGUGCAGCGAAGUGCGAUUACUAAGGAACUGCAUGCCGAUGGCAGCGAGCGAAUUUACACGACGACGUCGACGAAGGGCAAAGUAUACUUGAAGAAGGUGUCCAUUUCGUUGGCCGAUCGUAGGAAAAAACGUACCCCAGUCAAGUAUCCGCUCUGUUCGACCUUUUGCACGAGAAAUAAGCAUCGCAGUAUAUUAGUGCUUCCUCAACACGAGCUGAGGAAAAUGUCUCGCGUUGGCGGUAAAACGCCCGUAUUAGGAUUUCAUCAUCAAGCCAAGGCGAAUAUGUCGGUGUGGCCGUACCCAUGUCCCAGACCUUUGUUCAAGACUUGCUGGUUAUACAGAACAGUUGGUCUAAGAUCGCUAGCUGCUGCCGCGAUUCAAUUGAGAAUACUCUGGGCUUGUCUCAGGUGGGACGACAUGGCGGCUAAGCCGUUGUCUACUGACGGCAAAAAUCAGAUUACUACUGAUACGGAGAUCAUGUCGCUAGAAAUAUUGAAGCAUCGGCAUGUCGGACAGUUCCUCGACAGAACGCAGUAUCUACGCAGGAAGGUCGUAAUACCGCUCGAGCUUCCGAAGCAAGUUAGAGAGGUCACGUCUAUAAGAAGUGGUCUGAGGAAACGAAAGCGUCCGGAAUCUCCGCAGAGCACCGAACCACAAGUCACCGAGGAAUGGGUUGACGAGGAUAAGUUGGAGUUAUGGGAGAUCAAACAGUACGGCGACAGGUUAGAGAAGGCUAAUGCCCAGAUUAUUACUAGGAGUCGUUCGGGAGCGCCACAAUCAGUGGUCGUCAGCGGUGGUAAUAGAACCGCCGUUGCCGCCGCCACCGGUGGCACGACCGGACUCUCCGGCGAUCAGCUCGUGAGCGGCAAAGCGACGCCGGAAGAGAUCAAGGAGAAGAUGGAGCAACAGUUGCGUAUACAACGAGCGGCUCAUCAACAAAAGCGUGCCCUAGAGACCCUUAAGAAUCAACCGGCGAACUCGACAUCACCCGUUACUCAGCUCGUCAAAGUCACAGCUAAUUCUUCUCACGACGGCACAGUUAAAUUAGUCUCGAAAGUCGCGAUUCCGGCGAAUCCGAACAGCACAAAGUCGCAAUUGACUUCUCUUUUGGCGACUCCUACGCAGAACAAAACUUUUAUCGGUACACGGCGAAUCUACAUGACGAAAUCAGCUGAUGGAACCACUAAGGUAGUGUCCGGUCCUACUAGUAUUUUACCAAAAACACCGCAAGCUCAGUCAUUGAACCAGUCAUCCUUAAUUAAAAUAACGCAAACAGGUACCACCAAUUCGCCUGUACAAGUGCAACAGAAAGUGCAAAUUCUUAGAGGGCCAGAUGGAAAGUUACAAGUGCGUGGUUUGUUGCCUGGUCAGCAGUUGAUCCAGAUGCCUGAUGGGAAAUUACAUGUACUGAAUGUGAGCCAAACAGUGGGCACUCCUUCUUCACAAUCAAACUCGACAACACCUACAAGCACUCCGCAGACAAAGACUGCGACUGUAGUUAGUUCUACCAAGAUGGCAAUUUCCGAAACUUCUGCGACUAAAACCAGUCCGAGUACAAAAACAACAGCGAAUUCAACGACACAACAAGCACAACAAUCGCCGCAGCAAGUCGUACAGACUGUCCAACGCGUGAAAUCCGCGACUUUGGCUCCCGCCACACCGACGAAGAAUGCCAUUGUAGUUGCCAAUACAGGACAGACUGCACAGGUAAUAACCCUUCAUAGACAAGUGAUAAGUGGCAAUCAAAUAGUGGUUACGAACGCAAACUUUGCCCAACAAUUGGUGGCGACAGGUAAAGCACAAUUGACAACAAUUGGGGGCCAUCAAGUGGUAAUACGUAGCACACCUACUGGAAAUCAAAUUGUACAUCUGAAUUCGACAAACAGUGGUAUAAUCGUGAAAAGUACCGUCCCUGCCAAUAAGCAACAGCAAGUUACACAGCCUUCGAUAGUUACGGCACAGUCCGUUGCUAGUACAAAUGCGAGCGCAACGACCACUACCGCGACUUCUACUGCAUCGGUGACGACCACUCAGAGCUCCGUCACGGCUCCAGCUCCGGGAAGUAUCGAGGCUUCCUUGCUGGCGGGACAACCGCCCGGCACGGUGAUUAAAUGUGUGACGGCCCAGGUGAUCCAGACAACCGACGGCCCGCGUAUCGUACUACAGGGUCUACAGAGCGCGGAUUUCACACCGCAACAAUUAAAUAUGGUGCAGCAGCAAGUGAAGCAACAGCUUCUCAAAGCGCAAGCAACAACCGGCAAACAAGGUGUAUUAGGACCUACGAAGAUUUACUUGGCCGUUCAACCGGUUCAAGCUCCCAACAACCAGCAGCAGCAACAGCAGACUUCGCAGGUUUCGUCGACGGCAAGUACCCCCGUGGCGUCGACUCCGAAACAGCAACAACCUAUAGUUUCUCCACCGCCUGCCACUGAGCCGCAAGGGGCCAUCGAAACCAUUCCAGAAUUUCCACAAGCGGUAACGCCAAAAUCGACGGAUAAACCGAAAGUGGUUGUUCAACAAGUAGGACGCGUGGCGAAUGCAACGGAAGACGAUGCGCAAAAGGCGAACAUAGCCAAUGGGCAGCAACCUUCAUCGCAGUCUUUGAAAGAAGGAAGUGAAUCGUCAAAUAAAUUUAUACUGACGCCAGACUACAUCCAACAAACAAUUAAAAAUGCCUUGAAACAAGAAAACCUCAAUCCGGAGAUAGAAGAAAAAUUGUUGCAAUUGCAACGUUAUCAAGAGAAGCAGAUGAAGGGCGGUGUGGAGAACUCUGUGACAAGCAACCAGACUCAUCACAAUUCGCCCGCAGUAACGACGCCGCGUCCGCCAUCGCGCAAACGGCCGGCACCUUCGUCGAACAUUCCAACGACGGCGACGACAACGACGACGCCGACGAUCAUUCAAUCAUCGCCUAGCGUCGGCGAUGACAAAGACGACAAAGAUUGGGUAGAGACACCCAGAAAGAGACCGGCGCUGAAACAGGAAAAUCGCGAUACGACCCCAAAAGUGUCGAAGCUAUCGGAGGCAUUAGAUAAUGAGUCAUCCCCUAAAAACCGAUCUGCAAAAUUGAAAGAUACACAAGAGCGAAGAAAACAACAGAUGCAUUCUCGAAUGCAGGUUUUAUUGUUUCGGCAUAAAGAACUUCUUAAGAAAGAUAUUCUUAAGAAGAGAGCUUUACUUGAGAAAGAGCUUCAAAUCGAUAUACAGAAGGAUCUGUCAACGGAACUCGCUACCAGGACGAAAGCGGAGAGGCAUAAGCAGGACGAGGUGAAAGUAGGCAGUGCGAAACGAAAAGCCAAUGCUCAAGUGGCACAACAGGUCAGCCCAUCUAGCCGGAGCGGUGGUAGCAGCAGGCCGAAGAAACACAAGACCCAGAGUAACAGCACGACACCACCUGGCGGUUCGGCGUCCGCGACUCGCAUCAAGAAAGAGAAGCUAUAUUGCUUGUGCAGAACCCCCUACGACGAGACUAAAUUUUAUGUGGGAUGCGAUUUGUGCAACAAUUGGUUCCAUGGUGAUUGUGUUGGCAUAACGGAGGAGAUGAGUAAAUCUCUGUCGGAAUUCGUUUGUACAGAAUGCAGACAUGCAAGAGACACGCAGGAAUUAUACUGCUUAUGUAAGCAGCCUUAUGACGAAUCUCAGUUUUAUAUAUGCUGCGACAAAUGCCAAGACUGGUUCCACGGCCGAUGUGUCGGUAUUCUUCAAUCAGAGGCUGACAACAUUGACGAGUAUGUCUGUCCGAAUUGCCAACGUAACUCCUCUGUCAACUUUGCCAAUAUGAAAAACCUUAAUGCAAAGGAUCUCGAUCUGUUGAAGAAAUUAAUUAAACAGAUACAGGCUCAUAAGAGCGCAUGGCCCUUUAUGGAACCAGUAGAUCCCAAUGAAGCACCAGAUUAUUAUAAAGUUAUAAAAGAACCAAUGGACUUGCAGACUAUUGAAUUGAGAAUAAAUGACCGGUCCUAUAAAAAACUGAGCGAGUUUAUCGGUGAUAUGACAAAGAUAUUUGAUAAUUGUCGCUAUUAUAAUCCCAAGGAGUCGCCAUUCUUCAAAUGUGCCGAGUCUCUCGAGACAUACUUUGUUCAUAAAAUCAAGAGUCUGAGGGAAAAAUUCUCCGAAGGGAAGUAAAUCAAUCAAAAAGAAAAAAAAAAUUAAAAAAUAAAUAAAACCGAUGUAGCCGCAUGUGAAGUCGGAUCGAAAUGAAGUGCACAAGAAUUAAUUUACUGUGCAGUGCGUGUCACGCAAAACAGAACAGAACAGUUUGUGCCAGUACAGUACACUACACAUAGAAAAAUUGAAACUUUCUCAGAGUAGGCUUAAGUAUGUAAAAGUAGAGAACGCACCGGUCUCCGCUAUAUUUAUUAUAGUUGUGUGAACAUUCUCCUCUUCCCCCCCCCCUCCCCCCUUCCUCUUGCAACUUGCGAAUUCUGAGUUCCAAUUAUGCUGUACGAAGUGUGAAUUUUAAACCAGAACUUACAGCUCAUGCCGUAAGAUCUUACCUACGAAACUUUUUUUCGUUGCUUAUUACUAAGUAAACAAGAAAUAGAAAGCCAUAUAUAGGAUAUAAUUAACUCUUAUUUUAUUUUUUUUAACUAUUAUUUUCCGUAUUAAAAUACAAUUAUGUAACAUAAUUCUUUUGUUUUUAUUACCAAAAACCCCUUUAAUUUUUCAUUAUUUUUUCUGAUACAUAGAAAUAGAGAAUUUGACAGAUUGUAAGAUCCGUUUCACAGUUCAUUUUUUUAUAGCUGUGACAACGAGCAUAGCAUUCCCAAAUCACUCUUCAAAUCCUUCCUACAGUUUUUUGCAACACUUUAAAUAUUCUUAUCACACUUCUCUUAGAACAGAUAUAAAUAAUAUUCAGAUUUUCGCCUCUUUGUAUCGCAUAUGCCUCAUGAAUACAAGAAGAAUAUUCAUUAGUCAUAUGGAUAUUAAAUAUGCUAAAUAGAAAGUAACAUACAAAA